AUGAAGCCCGCCAUCACCAUUCUAAUCAGAAGACUCCUCCAAGAACACGGAGGCAAUUUAGACAGUACAAUCUCAGCUUCCGCCACUUCAGACGCUAUUUUUCAGCUCAUAAAUGGCACUUCAACCACCAUAAAAACACCCUUUUCUCCCCCCACCUUAUCCACCGCCAAUUAUUCCGUGGCAUUAAUAAUCCUUGUCCUUGUCUCAGCCUUCUGCUUCAUGGCCUUUUUUUUAGCCUACACGCACAGCCUCGCCACCGAGGAUUCUUCCUCCUCCACCGAUAACCGCCGCAGAAACCUAUCUCCGCCGUCGCCCAACAACCGCAAUGGACUUGAUCCUUCUGCCAUCAAAUCAUUGCCUCUGGUGGCUUGCGGUGUGGCCGCGAAGCACGGGAUAGAAGAAUGUACAAUAUGCUUAAGCGAGUUUGAGGAGAGAGAAAUUGUUAGAAUAAUCCCCUACUGCAAGCACAUGUACCAUCCCCAAUGCAUUGACACGUGGCUGUCAUUGCACGUGACUUGCCCUCUGUGUCGGUCACAUCAGCUUUUCGAGAAUGUCGAUGAGGUUUCUUUGGAUAUGAUGCAGGAGAAGAAUAACAAUGGUGUGAGUGGGGUUGAUGAGAGAGAAACGCUAGAUAAUGUGGCCACGUGGAGAGAUGAAGAGAGAGUUUAG